AGUAGUAAGAAGUUAAGUUGGUUAUCUCUAAUGAGUUUUCUUUUUGGGGCGCACAUCUACUGUGUUCGGCACUCAGAGUAACUAGCGAUUUAUUCAAACUAGAAGGUUAAAUCAUGGACGCUAAAACAAGCACUACCCUCAUCCCGACGACCCUCUUGGACGGCGUCCGCAGCUCCCUCCGCCGCCUCCUCUUCCAGGUCCUCUCCGUCGGCCCGAUGCCCCACCGCCUCGGCUUCCUAAGCCUCCUGACCACCCUCAAGUACUGCUACGAGAUGGGCAUACAAUACGUAUCCUUCUACGGCUUCAGUAUCGACAACUUCAAACGCCGGCCCACCGAAGUCCAAAUCCUCAUGGGCCUCAUCCGCGACAAAGCCGAGGCGAUGAGCCACAAUAGUGGCAUCGUCGACGAGCUCGGCGUCCGUGUCGAGUUCCUAGGGAAGUUGGACACGCUGGAUGAGCCAACAAGGGAAGCGAUACAGGGAGUCAUGGAUGCAACGGCGAAGAAUACAAAGAUGGUGCUGUUGAUUUGUUUGGCGUAUACUUCGACAGAUGAGAUCGUUCACGGAGUUAAGGGGGCGGUGACUGAGAAAAUUGAUGGCGAUGCAUCGAUAUCGGUGGAGGAUUUGGAGAAGAACAUGUAUUACGCAGGGUGUCCGGAUCCGGAUAUUUUGGUGAGGACUUCAGGAGAGACUCGGCUGAGCAAUUUCCUUUUAUGGCAGACGACGCAUUGUUUGUUGUAUUGCCCGCGGUGUCUUUGGCCGGAGAUAUCGUUGAGGCAUUUGGUUUGGGGUGUUGUGCAGUAUCAGAGGAAUUACCAGUACUUGGAGAAGAUUAAGAAGAAAAUGUGAAAGCUAGCUCAACUGUGUACCGUGGCAUAUGUGGAAUUUAACAACUAGUCCAUGA